AUGACCCACGAUAUCCGAUCACAUCCUGUUCCCGAGUCCUUCCAUAGCCGCUUGUGGGCGUCCCGGCGAACUGGGCCACCGAAAACCAUCGCAACCCCCGACCCUGCCACGACCGAGAACCCUCAUACUUGGCUGCUGCAGGCGCACGCGCACUCGGAGCAGGGUCAUCGCCCGACUAUGGAAGAUGUGCACGCGAUCGUCCCCGAGUUCGGUGGGAUACACGGGCAGGGAUUCUUCGCCGUCUACGACGGUCACGGCGGCAGCAUCGACGUCGCCAGAUAUUGCGGCGAACAUUUGCACGAGGUGUUGCUACAGAACAUGCACCAACAUCCACACGAACCCUUACUCGAUGUCCUCCGACAGACCUUCCUCGAUACAGAUGAGAAGAUCAAAGAGCUGGACAAGUCGGAUCCGACAAAGGAUCCUGGAAGCACAGCGGCAGUCGCAGUUGUGCGCCUAGAAGACGGCGCCGCCGAACCCAAUUGCCCGUCAGCGCAAGGGAAGGCGCCACAACGCGUGCUAUACUGCGCGAACGUCGGAGACUCACGAGUCGUGCUCUGCCGCGCCGGAACGGCCGUUCGCCUCACGCGCGACCACCUACCGAGCCACGCGGACGAGCGAGCGCGGAUCGAGGCCGCGAACGGCAACGUCUGGUUAGGGCGCGUGCAAGCAUACCUUGCGAUCUCGCGCAGUUUUGGCGACCACGACUUGAAGCAGUGGGUGAUCGCGGAACCCUACACGACGCGGACCGUGCUGGAAGAGGUGGACGAAUUCAUGAUCAUCGCCUGUGACGGGCUCUGGGAUGUGAUGAGUGACCAGGAGGCGGUGAAUAUCGUCCGUGCACAGGCAAACCCCGGUGAUGCGAGCUCGAUCUUGGUCCGAACCGCUUUGGAUAAAUGGACUUCUGACAAUGUCACGGUCGUGGUCGUGCGACUGAGUUCUGGCCCUCAGUCUCGACGGUAUAAUAAUUGGGCUUGCCAGUAG